AUAUAAAUCAGCAGAAGUGUCUAAAGUUGUAGGGGUACCCUCCAAUGGCUAGCCAUAUGCCUCCUACUUCAUGGGUUCUCUUGAUGAGCUUUGCAUGUGCUGUGCUUAUUAGUUGUAGUAUUGGGCAGCCUGUGAAUGAUCAAAAGACAUACAUUGUCUACAUGGGUGAUAUUUCAAAGGAUGACAUUUCCACAUCAUCCUUGCACACUAGCAUGCUAGAAGAAGUUGUGGGCAGUAGUAGGGCAUCAAAAUCUUUACUCCAUAGCUACAAGAGGAGCUUUAAUGGGUUUGUAGCAAAGCUGACUGAGGAAGAGAAGGAGAAACUAGCCAGCAUGGAAGGCAUAGUGUCUGUAUUUCCAAAUGAAAAGAAGCAGCUUCUAACAACUAGGUCAUGGGACUUUAUGGGUUUCCCUCAAGAAGUGAAGAGAGUUGGAGUUGAAAGCGACAUUAUAGUUGGAAUGAUCGACACUGGAAUUUGGCCGGAAUCUGAUAGCUUCAAAGGUGAUGGAUUUGGUCCUCCUCCAAGCAAAUGGAAGGGCACUUGCCAAGCCUCAUCCAAUUUCACUUGCAACAAUAAAAUUAUAGGAGCUAAGUACUACAAAAUUGAUGGAGAUUUUGGUGGAGGAGACAUUCAAUCACCAAGAGAUACAUUUGGACAUGGCACACACACUGCUUCUACAGCAGCUGGGGGCUUAGUAAGCAAUGCCAGCUUAUUUGGGUUUGCCUCAGGAAUAGCCCGAGGGGCGGUCCCGUCUGCCCGCAUCGCCGUGUACAAAGUUUGUUGGCAUGAUGAUUGCAGUGAUGUUGAUAUCCUUGCUGCUUUUGACGAUGCGAUAGCUGACGGAGUAGAUGUAAUCUCCAUUUCACUGGGAGGGUCCUAUCCUUUGGAUUACUUUAAUGAUAGUAUUGCCAUUGGAGCUUUCCAUUCCAUGAAGAAUGGAAUACUCACCUCCAGCGCUGCCGGUAAUUCGGGUCCUGGUUCUGCAUCAAUUAAGAAUUUCUCACCUUGGUCUCUCUCAGUUGCUGCUAGCACCAUCGAUAGAAAGUUUAUCACCAAUGUAAUAUUGGGUAACAAUAUGGUGUAUAAGGGUGUCUCCAUAAAUACCUUCAACCUCAACAACAGCAUGUAUCCUUUAGUUUAUGCUGGGGAUGUGCCUAAUACUCAAGCAGGUUUUAAUGGAUCUGAAUCCAGGAAUUGCAGCACAAACUCAUUGGAUAAAACUUUGGUAAAUGGUACAAUCAUUCUAUGUAAUCAGUUGAUCGGAUCCUUGUAUGGAGCUGCAAUAGAUGCCGGUGCCAUUGGUAUUUUAGUACAUGAUGAUGAUUUCCAAGACGAUAGUGCCUUUGAAUUCUCCUUGCCUGCAUCCUUCUUGAACUCGAAAGAUGGCAGUGGAGUUUCUCACUACAUCAAUUCAACUAGUAAGCCAAUGGCAAACAUAGCAAAGAGUAUUGAAAGUAAAGAUGAAUUGGCACCAUUCGUUGUUUCGUUUUCAUCAAGGGGGCCAAACCCCAUUACAAGGGAUAUCCUCAAGCCUGAUUUAACUGCACCAGGAGUGGAGAUUCUUGCUGCAUAUUCAGAAGCUAGAACUAUGUCAGGGAGAGAAGGAGAUACAAGAGUGGUUCAAUAUAAUAUCGAAUCAGGAACGUCCAUGGCUUGCCCACAUGCUACUGGUGCAGCUGCUUACGUGAAGUCAUUCCACCCAGAAUGGUCUCCUGCAGCUAUUAAGUCCGCUCUAAUGACAACUGCUUCUCUCAUGAGUGCAGAGACUAACAGUGAUGCCGAGUUCGCAUACGGGGCAGGCCAUAUAAAUCCUGUAAAAGCUGCAAAUCCUGGUUUAAUUUAUGAUAUCGAAGAGGCAGAGUAUGUGAGGUUUUUAUGUGGACAAGGAUAUAGCAACAAGUUAUUACGUCUUAUUACCGGAGAUAAUAGCAGUACUUGCAAUGAAGUCAACAAUGGAACCGUUUGGGAUCUUAAUAUGCCUUCUUUUGCAUUAUCUACCCAGCGUGGUAAACCCAUCACUCGUAUGUUCCACAGGACUGUCACCAAUGUUGGCUCACCGGUGUCCACUUACAAGGCAACUGUGGUGGCUCCACCGGGACUUGAGGUUGGAGUUGAGCCGAGUGUUCUUACAUUCAAAGCUCUAGGGCAGAAGCAAUCUUUCAUCGUGACGAUCCGUGGCACCAUAAACAAAACUGUGCUCUCGGGUUCUUUGGUGUGGAAUGAUGGGGUGUACCAAGUUAGAUGCCCCUUAGUCGCUUCUUCUUAAUUAAGUUUUAAUUAAUAUGUUUGCACCAUAGUUUUCUGCAAGUGUGUAAAUAUGUUGUUUUUGGCAAAAUGAAAAGGAAAUAAAAUGGUGUAACCUGCACAAGAAACUCAUCGGUUAAAAGAGAAAA